AUGGACAGUUUUUUCGAUUCAUUGCCUAUUAUGGAAUCACACUACUGUCGUGCCAAAACUCAGAAAAAAUAUUUGUUACCAGAAUGGAAAACAAAACAAUCUCUUUACAAAUUCUACCAAGACGAUCGGUGUAAAAGUCGUGAUGUGAGGCCUCUAUCUAUAGCAACUUUUUACGAAGCCUUCGACGCCAAAAAUCUAGGAUUAUAUUUCCCAAGAAAGGAUCAAUGCAAGAAAUGCUCUUUGUUCAAAGUUGGAAAUUUAUCGGCAGAAGAAUAUUCAGAACAUCAGCAGAAAAAAGAAGAAGCUAGAAUUGAAAAGGACAAAGACAAGAAUGAAGGAAAGAUUGUGUUCACAGUUGACAUGCAAGCAGUUGUGAUGACACCAAAGUCAAAAUUAAGUAGUUUGUAA